AGCGAGAAGCGACGCCUGGAGCAGGAGGCCCUGCCCCGGCCUGCCCCGGCACCCUCUGAGUCCACCAACCCCUUCGAAGAGGAUGAGGAUGAAGAGGAGGAAGAGCCCUCUGCUGAGGAGGAGGUGGUCGACCUCUCACUCGAGUGGAUCCAGGAGCUGCCUGAGGACCUGGAUGUCUGCAUUGCUCAGCGGGACUUUGAGGGGGCGGUGGACCUCUUGGAUAAACUCAACGAGUACCUGGGGGACAAGCCUGUGAGCCAGCCCGUGAAGGAGCUGCGGGCCAAGGUGGAUGAGCGUGUUCGGCAGCUUACAGAUGUGCUGGUGUUUGAGCUGUCUCCGGACCGCUCACUGCGGGGAGGGCCACGGGCCACCCGCCGAGCCGUGUCCCAGCUCAUUCGCUUGGGCCAGUCCACCAAAGCGUGUGAGCUCUUUUUGAAGAACCGGGCGGCCGCAGUGCAGACGGCCAUCCGACAGCUGCGCAUCGAGGGCGCCACACUGCUCUACAUCCACAAGCUCUGCCACGUCUUCUUCACCAGCCUUCUGGAGACGGCAAGGGAGUUUGAGACGGACUUUGCUGGCAACAAUGGCUGGUACCCAGCCCUUGUUUCCAUGAAGAUGUUUGUAGAUGCCUUCAGCAAGCAAGUAUUUGAUAGUAAAGAGAGCUUGUCAACUGCAGCAGAGUGUGUCAAGGUGGCUAAAGAGCACUGCAAGCAGCUUAGCGAGAUUGGACUGGAUCUCACCUUCAUCAUUCAUGCCCUGCUGGUGAAGGAUAUCAAAGGUGCUUUACAGAGCUACAAGGAUAUCAUCAUCGAGGCCACCAAGCACCGCAACUCUGAGGAGAUGUGGAGAAGGAUGAACCUAAUGACUCCAGAGGCACUGGGGAAACUCCGAGAGGAGAUGAGGAGCUGUGGGGUAGGCAAUUUUGACCAGUACACGGGUGAUGACUGCUGGGUCAACCUUAGCUAUACUGUGGUAGCUUUCACUAAGCAGACUAUGGCCUUCUUGGAGGAAGCAUUAAAGCUUUACUUUCCAGAGCUACAUAUGGUUCUUUUGGAGAGUCUUGUGGAAAUUAUCCUGGUGGCUGUCCAGCAUGUCGAUUACAGUUUACGGUGUGAACAGGACCCUGAGAAGAAAGCAUUCAUUAGGCAGAAUGCAUCCUUCCUCUAUGAAACUGUCCUUCCUGUUGUGGAAAAAAGAUUUGAGGAAGGAGUUGGAAAGCCAGCCAAGCAGCUACAGGAUCUGAGAAAUGCUUCAAGGUUGAUGCGUGUAAAUCCGGAAAGUACCACCUCGGUGGUUUGAAGUGACCUAACUGUUCUUUUGAACAGAGUGUGAAGCCUCUUAACUGAAAAUGUUGUACUUUGAAUAUAUGAACUAAACAUGGGUUGAGGGGUUUGUUUUUUGGUUUUUUUUUUGGAAAAAUGCGGAAGUCUAGCUGCUGCAUUCUAGAAGCUAUAGACUUACAAUUAAACCCUGCAACAAUGC